AUGGGUUUCUUUGACGGAUGGGUUGAUUCGAGCAAGACGACUCGGUCCAGCAACUACCGAGGAUCCGGGUCGUUUGCGACGCUCAUGAUUAUCGGACCUACCUGCUUCUUCCUCGGCAUCCUCUUCGCCUCGUUCCCCUACGACUUUCCCCUUCUCUGGAGCAAGGAGCCGCUCGCCGCCGACUUUCUCCCACAGCUUGAGGUGCACCUCAAGUUUAUGCACGCCGCGCCGCCCCUCAUCCACCGCAUGCUGAACAUCAUGGUCUUUGUCGCCUUUGCUGGUCUCCUCAUCAAGCUGUUCCGCCCCUCCGAGGCCAACUUUCUUUUUGACGGCGCCUCCCUGAUCCUCUACGUGAUUGGCGCCGCCACCUACAUGACCAACAUCGUGCGCGGCCUGCGCGCCCUCACCGACGGCGUCUGGGACCAGCCCGAGUUCGCCAAGACGCGUCGCGGCGAGAGCGACGGCGAGUACAUCCUGGGCAAGGAGGACAGCCUGCGCGUCAUGUCGGCCAGCAACACCAUACUCGCCCUGGUCCUCAUCGGUGUCCUGGUGCUCCAGGCCGGCCAGUGGUACGCCGAGAAGCGCGACCGCGACGACGACGAGCCGGCAGAGAAGAAGGAGGCCGGCCGUCCUGCGUCGCCCAAGUCACCCAAGAAGUCAAAAAAGAGAGAUUGA